UUGUCUUUGUUUUACACACCUGGUUUCAAUUCCCCAAUGACAUGUUCAUUAUUUAACCCUCUGUUUUCCCCAUGGUUUUUGUGCGUGAUUGUUUUAUGUAUGUUUGGUCUGUUAUUGUGGGCUCGGUAUUACGACAUGUUAUUGGAAUAUUUGAGUAAAGUUACUUGUGUUACUCAUUUCUGCCGUCCUACGCCUGACUCCUCUGCACCAGCUACACCCAGACCACUACACACCUUGUUUGUCUCAUUCUUCCAACACCAUAUUUGGUAUUUGUAUUUUAUAAUAUACCAACGAUAUAGGAAAGCAUCUGGUGGCAAAAUAGCCAAAAACAUAAAAUGAUUAAUUCCUUCAAGUUUUACAAAUAUGCCCAAUCAAUAGAACAUUAUGUCAGAAAACAAUAGUCUAAACCCAAUCACACACUUGGCCCACAGGACGUCAUACAACACACACUUGGCCCACAGGACGUCAUACAACCACAGGACGUCAUACAACCACAGGACGUCAUACAACCACAGGACGUCAUUUAUGGUUGAAAAGUUACCGACGAUUUACUCUGAGAUUUAACCUCACAACACCAAAUAUGGAACACAUACAACCAAGUGCGGUGCAGUCUAAACUAGCAAUGGUCACAGCAAAUGAUCGUUAUUAUUUCAUCAACGCUGUCAAGUACAAGUAUAUUAAUGUUAUAAUAUUGUAGAGGUCAAGCUAAUGAUUAAUUAUAUGUAAUUUCUAAUGAAAUCAGGCAAAGAAAACGACUUUUGGACAUGAAUUUCGUAGCUCCCUCUUGAAUUUACCCUUUUUCUCUCUACAUUGUAAGUGAAUAUAUAAAAAGAAUAUAUGUCAUUCAUCAAACGCUUUUAUCCAAAGCGACUUAAAAUAAAACCUGCUGUCGUUUAUGUAUGGGUGAUGACGGGAAUCGAACCCACUACCCUGGCGUUGCAAGCAUCAUGCUCUAGCAACUGAGCUACGAAGGAGCACGUCAACGUGAUUAGAAUGAUGACGAGCAAUUUUAACGGAUUCUAAAGGAAUCAUAGAAUUCCAAACUCAUUUCUAUGGCAUCACAGUUGUCAAUUUUGUAAACAAUAAUUUUCGAACGUGUCUUGCCAAGAGACAUCUAACCGACGUUCUAUGGAACGUUUUCUGUGCGAAAACAACUUCAGUUUGCUGCUGACAACAAACUUGAUUGAUUUUUGACACCUGAGAAAGAAUAUCGACUGGAAAAUGCCUGGGUGCUUUUCAAAAUUGGCGGAGAGAGUGCGUGGACGUCAGCGGCCUACUGCGUCGACAGGUUGUUCAAAUUCAUUUGUGGCUUGUUUUUCUUGUCUUUUUCUGUUUUGCAGGGUUCGUGAAUGUCGACAGGUGGACAGCGACAGCGACUUCGAAGAGGAAACAACUGUCCUGGAUGAGGUCCAGUUGGAUGUGCCAUUGGAUGAUGUGCCAGAUGUUCCACAGCUGCCAGUCUUCCUUGGUGUCCAGAAUGCUGCUAUCAUCCUUGAGGAUGUGCCAGAUGUGCAGACUAUCCUUGAGGAGGCCACUGGCAAUUGGCAGUUGAUUCCGAUUAGGUUCAGCCCCCUGUACUGUGGGCCUGUUGUGAUCAGGAACAAUGCCGGUCCGGUGGUUAAAGCUUGGAGAACUUUCCAGUUCAUCAGCCCCAUCAUCACCUACAUGCGUGGGGGAUCCCAGCAGGUGGUGGUGAGGAUGCACCACGUGAGUAGAGUGAGAGGCCUGGAGACUCAACUGGUGUGGGCCAUCUCGAAGGAGACAGCCAGGCUUAGUCCAGAGGGGAUCCCCUACUGUGCCACCAAAGUGCAGUCCAUUACUUGGAUCCAGCGUGUGGCUGGCAGGGUGACCCACUAUGCGUCUCACCUCCGCCACGAGACAUCUGUGGACGUGACGCUUGGCUGUUACCAGGUGUGUUGUGUGUGUUUUGAGCAGCAGACUGAUGUCUCAGUGGUGUACGCCACUCUCCACAUGGGGCUGGACGGGCUUCUCUCCUCUUCAGCGUGGUCGGAGGCUGCCUCCUUCUCUACGCCCACCACUCAGCAGUUCACUGACCCAGAGCCUGAGGGCCACAACUGCUAUGAGGGCUGGGAGGAGGACCUGCUGCCUGAGGAGAGGGAGGUUCCUCUGCUAAACCUCUACCUUAUCACCAAGAGAGUGGAGGACAUCGCCCUGAGGCUCGUCUCCCUGCGCCAGGCCUUCACUACCCUGCUUGGUUCCACCCUGAGCAGGAACCGUCUGUUUGUGGCGGGAAAGGUCCUCCUGGGCGCACUGGUUCAGGCCAACCACAUGGACGAGGCCAAGUUCAUCCGUACCUAUAAGGACUUUGUGGACUACCUGAGUGACCCCUCCAAGCGGAAUGACAUUGAGAGGGAGCUGGCUGAGGCAAAGAUCCAUCACGUGAACAUGAUAGAUGUCCUCUUUGAGCUGGUGCUGUUUGGGUUAAUGACAGCUCAGAAGUCUCUGAUGGUGCACCCUGGUGGGUUCAUGGAGCGUCUGUACGCUCUCCUGUACUCCUUCCUGCCCACUGCUGCCAACAUGGAGCCAGAGGCUGACAGAUACCUGCUGCUGCUCAAUGAUUCUUGUGACACUUUGCCACCCAACAGGGAUCUAGACACCAAUGCACUACAUUACUUUGCACUGAAUUUGACAUUUUUAAAUAAAACAAGUUGUAGUUCAAAAACAGGGUUACAGGAAGCCCCAGAGAGGACAUUCCCUGUAUUCUUCAGAGGAAAACUGGGGGAGAAGCUCCAUCAGGAGACCCCCGGGUUUGACCUGUUGGACCCCAACAUGAGAGUCAUGGAUGUUAGUUAUAACUGCCUCCACGACAAACACCUGAAGAGUUUUUACCGCCAUCCGGAAAGGAAGAAGCGGCUGGUGAAGCAAGGCCUCAUCACCUCAAAUGAGAAGGUGCUGUGUACGUGUAAAGAGUACAAUCGCUACAGUAGCUACAUCAAGUCAGUUCAGUUGCUGUGGGAGAAGCAGUGCUGUGCCCAGCAGGUUAGAGUGGUCUACUUUCUAGAUGCACAAUUAUAA